UAAAUAUCCGUCAAAAUGACAACCACCUACGACUCAAUCCGCACGGCGCAACAAGCCCUCUCAACCCUCUCCCACAUCCUCAAAACCGCCGAAAAAUCCCACCCCGACCCCGCCUCUCUCCCCUCCGCCCGCCUCCACCCAGACAUGCAACCCCUCUCGUUCCAAGUCCACAUCGCAACAUUCAUGUCAAUGAAGCUCGCCGCGCGUCUCACGCUUCAAGAUCCCCCAGCGCCCCUCGAAAACAACCUCACCACCAUCGACAGCAUGCAAGAGCGCAUCAAGACCGUCCAGGACAUUCUCGACGCAGUGCCCGCUGGGGACGUUAACGCCAAAGCGGAAGAGAUUAAGUCUACUCCUCUUGGCCCGAAGGAGGUGGAGAUCAGUGGCGCGGAGUAUGCGAGGGUGUUUAAUCUGCCGAAUAUUUAUUUCCAUCUUGUUACGGCUUAUGGCAUUUUGAGGAAGGAGGGUGUGCCGUUGGGGAAGGUGGAGUAUAUGACUGAGUUUAUCGGGCCUUUGCUUUGAUUUGUAUCUUGAUCUCGUUGUAUGUAGUGGUAUGUACUUUUAUUACUGCUCCAGGGUGUAGAUGGUGUCAUGGUGGUGUAUAUACAGUGGCCGUUCGGG